CGGUCGUGCUUUGCUGAUGUGGACUAGUAGACUUCCUUUCCGCUUCCACGGCCCACGGUCACAGAACCGGGAACGUUGCAAAUUAAUAGAACUCCCCCAGAGCUGCAUUUCACUCCGCAACGCGUAAAACCACAAAAGAUACAAUGAUCCGGAUAGCUGCUGCUUUUCUCGCCGUGUUGGUGGUCGUCUGCUCGGGAGAGAGCUGCACGGAACCAGUCAUCACCCCGUCGACAUACACCACUUCGGACGCAGUCAUCUCCGCAGAGUCUGUGUUCAUUGUGGAGCUCAACCUGGUUUGUGCCAAUGGAGCGCAGAGUGUUACCCUGUAUGCUGACGUCAAUGGAAGACAGUUUCCUGUGACCAGAGGCCAGGAUGUUGGCAAGUACCAGGUAUCCUGGAGUCUUCCUCACAAAGAGGCCAGUUCAGGAACCUAUCAGGUCAAGUUUUUUGACGAGGAAUCCUACAGUGCGCUUCGCAAGGCCCAACGAAACAAUGAAGAUGUGAAUGCCAUCAAGCCUCUAUUCUUGGUCAACGUGGACCAUAGGGGUGUGUGGAGUGGCCCGUGGGUUUCUACUGAGGUGGUAGCAGCGCUCAUGGGAAUCCUUCUCUACUACAUGGCUUUCAGCGCCAAGAGCACCAUUCAAGCUUAAACAUCUACACUCAGAUCUUACAAGACUGAAUACAGGCGCCGCAGAAACAUCUGCUUUGGUUCAUUAACGGUCGCCCGUUUGUAGAAUUUUUUUGUUGUUCUAUCCAGACUGUGUCUGUAUGUGCUCAGAUGGACUUUGCAUCUGUUAUUUCUUACACUCAGGCCACCAAACUAGACUGCUUGGUGAGCUGACAUGUUAAAUCAAUAAAUGGGUGCGUUCCAGUCUAUAUUUUCCUUACCCGAAAUAAAAAAUUGUACUCCGA